AUGUCCUCGUGGAUAUCUCGAGCGACCGAAAAUCGCAACGCUCAGCUCAUAACGACGGCAGUCGUGUCGGGAGUCGUUGUCGCCAGCACCAUCCUCGGUCUGCAGAAGGCGAAGCGCAUGUACAGAGUGGCCGACUUGAAAGCUUCGAUUCCAGACAUCACUGACAACCACCGCUCCACAAGACUCACCGAAUAUGGCGCCGCCUCCAACGUGUUCAAACCCAGCGCUGAAGACGAACGCUCCAUAGCUCUCGCAGCCCGUGCCCGUAAGGGCGACUACGACGACGACCUGAUCCUCGAGCAGCUGGCCCGCAACCGCGUCUUCCUCGGCGAUCCAGGGUUAGAGAAACUCCGCAACGCUUUCAUCAUCGUCGUCGGUUGUGGUGGCGUUGGUUCUCACGCAGCUGCCGCCCUCGCCCGCUCUGGAUGCUCCAAGAUCCGCCUGAUUGACUUCGACCAAGUGACUCUCUCGUCUUUGAAUCGCCACGCUUUAGCCACGCUCUCCGACGUGGGAACGCCCAAGGUCCAUUGCAUCCGCCGCCAUCUCGAGAAAGUCACGCCGUGGACCCAUUUCGAAUGCCUCAACGCCUUGUUCUCAGCGCAGAGCGCCCCGACUCAACUAUCCUCUCUCAAUGGUCAAGCCCCAGACUUUGUAAUCGACGCCAUCGAUAACAUCGACUCCAAGGUCGCGCUCCUGCACUACUGCUACACCAACUCGAUCCCGGUGAUUUCCUCCAUGGGCGCCGGCUGCAAGAGCGACCCGACACGUCUCUUCAUCGGCGACAUAUCCACCUCGACCGACGACCCUCUAUCCAAAUCAACACGGCGCAAACUGCGGCUCCUGGGCGUCAGCUCCGGCAUCCCCGUCGUGUACAGCACAGAGCGACCGGGGCCCGGAAAAGCCGAGCUGCAGCCCCUCAAGCAGGAAGAGUUUGAGAAGGGCAACGUGGGCGAACUCGGCGUACUAGCAGACUUCCGCGUCCGCAUCCUCCCCGUCCUCGGCACCAUGCCCGCCAUCUUCGGGCUCAGCGUCGCCAACCACGUCAUCCUGCACAUCACCGGCUACCCCAACGAAUACCUGCCCAGCAAGAGCCGCGACAAAAUGUACGACGGCAUCCUCGGCGCGCUGCAGGGCAGCGAAGAGCGCCUCGCGCGCCACAUCACCGGCGCGCCUGCCCAGGGCCUCAAGAUCCCAAUCACACAGGACGACGUCGGGUACCUCGUCGAAGAAGUCUACAGCGCCCGCAGCAUCCUCAGCGGCCUGUCCACGCGCCUGUUCCUCACGCGCUGGCGGAAGCCAGGCGCUGACAUGGUCGACGACUCCACACCCGGCCAGAAGCGCAGCGUCCUGCACAUGCGCGACUUGGUGUGCAUGACCAAGGAGGAGAUGGCAAAGCACGAGAAGGAGGUGCUGAAGGGGGAUAAGAGGCCGGAGGAUGUGUAUGACCAGGAGACGAUUAGCAGGGUGGAGAGGAGGCUUGAGGAGGAGGAGCGGUUUGAGAGGUUUAGGUGA